AUGGAUCCAUCAAAGAAGGAGUCAUGUAAUCUCGUCCCAACCGAAGAGGAGUCCAUAACAAAAGCUUCAGAGGAGUCUUCCGGAGAAGGGCCAAUAUAUCCAAACGGAACUGUGGAAGGAAGAUGCGAAGACCUAGCCGACGGAUUCUUCGAACACGCACCAUGCUCAUCAUAUUUCCUGACCUGCUCCGGCGGUGUAGCGCGCGUUAUGUCAUGUCCAUCCCAUCUCAUCUACGAUAAGAAGCUGAAAAUCUGCAACUAUGCGAAAGACGUGGAAGGAUGUCGUCAAAUCACAAUGCAUUGCCCGGCCAGACUAGUGUUCGACGAGGGUAGGCAGCUGUGCGAUUACCCCAAGGCUGUAGAUGUUUGUGAAGGAUCUGGAGAACAUUCUGGAGAAGGAUCAGGAGAGUGGUCUGGUCUUGAGUACGGAUCUGGAGAAGCCUCUGGAGAGCUAGGAACCAAUUUCUUUCAUACUGGCGAAGUCUCGGGCGAAUUUUCGGGAGACGUUUCAGGGGAACUCAGUGGCUCAAACUCAGGCGUAUUCAAUAAUGAA